ACAGCCGGCGACAGCAGGCGCGAGUGAUGAAAGCAUAGAGUAAACAAAAAAAUAUCAUCACAUAUACGGCACGGCGGAUUGUCGUAGACGCAAAUCACUUUUAUACAAUGCAACCAUUGUGUGUGUGUGUGUUGUUGUGCGUAAUAUGUUCAGUUGGUUUUAUGAAGAGGUAAAAGAAAGACGCGUAACGACGCAGAAAGCUAUUGAAACUUGGAACAUAUAACUUCCAAUCAAUCAAUCGUGAACAGUGUAAGCAGAAUUUAAUUCGAGUACAUUAUUACAAAAUCUAGUGCGAUAUAUAGAGAGGGUCUCGCGAUACUGAAGAAAAAAUGUCACAUUUAAAUUCGAAUGAGAAUCAAACCGAAGCAAACUACGCAGCGAUGGAAAUGAAUAACCAAUCUGAGAAGCCGUCUUCAAAUGAAAGUCGUUUUAAUUCGAUCAAUGUUUUAAAUUCAAUUCGUCGCAUGUGGGCAGAGAAUGGAAUUAUAAAACUUAUUAUAGUUGCCAUGGGCAUAUUUUUAUCGUUUUUCAUCAUCGGAAUUCUUCUGGAAAAGAUGAUAAAAGUACCUUACAUUGACAGCGAUGGCAACAAAGAAAAAUUCCACUACGAGUUUACACUAAUCGGGGUGCAGUAUAUAUUUACAUAUAUUAUCACCAAAGUAUUUGACACCGUAAGUCCUGAAGAGAAGAUUGAUACAACACAUUUCAUGUAUUAUGUACUAGCCGCAGCUGCCAAUGCGACUGCAUCGUCUUGCUCAUACAAAGCAUUCAGGUGGGUCUCGUAUCCAAUGCAAGUCAUUUUCAAAUCGGCAAAACCACUUGCCGUUAUAAUAUUGGGUUUGAUUAUUUGCAAAAAAUACCCCAUUCAACGAUACUUUUUCGUGUUACUCAUUGUGACUGGAGUGGUUCUGUUCAUUUUCUACGAACCAAAAAAUGCCGGCAAAAUUACAUCAACAGAUGACACAACGGAUUAUCGUUUUAUUGGUAUUGUGUUGCUGGCUCUGAGCUUAGUCAUGGAUGGAAUACUCGGAGCAAUUCAAGAUCGAGCUCGGGCCGUACAUGCACCAACGCCCAGAAAAUUUUUGCUUGGCAUGAUGGGCUUCGGAACAAUAUAUCUCUCAAUUAUACUCAUUGCAACUGGUGAAUAUGCAGAAGUAUAUGGAUUUAUUGGCCGCCAUCCCGACAUCAUUUGGAAAAUUUGUUUGUUUGCGGUGUGUGGAGUUGUUGGUCAAUUGUUCAUCUACACCAUGGUGGCAUGUUUUGGUGCGUUGGCAUGCAGCAUCACGACAACCGUGCGAAAAUUCUUUUCGAUAUUAUUUUCAACGAUAUACUUUGGCAAUCCAUCGACACCCUUGCAAUGGCUUGGCGCAACAUUAGUAUUCGGAGGUCUGUUUGCCGAUGCAUUCUUGGGCAAAAAACACACUGCACCACACCAAAACGAUAUCGAAUUGACUGAAAAUGUUGAAACUGCCGAAAAACUUAUGACGAAUCCUGAACAAAAAUCAACGGAAACUAAAAGUAGUUCCACGCAACAGGAAAUGGCGUAACUUUAUAGAAAUUGAGCUAUAAAAACAACCCAGAACAAAAAUCUAUUCUAUCUAAUAUUUUAUAGAACAAUUUUAUGAUUGAACAAUUUGUUCCCUUUAUGGAAUGUUUAAAACAUUCAACAUAUAUACGAAAAUAUUCAGUUUUUGUUAACUCCCAAAUGGCUAAUUAUCUUUUAAAUGUAAACACAUUGUAGUUGUGUUAUAUGACAUUUAUUCUGCACAAUGCACAAUCUCACAAAUAUUCUCUACGUGAUUCUUAAUAUUCCUUCAUUUUUACUUUAUGUAGUAGAACAAAAAUGUGAAAAAUAUCAAAAACAAGAUAAUAAGCAUCAAUAUGGAUUUGCAUUUCAUUGAUAUAGUUUUAAAAAAAUGGUUAAACGUAGAUCUGGGGGCUGUUAUGUCGGUUUGAUAUUCGAAUUUCUAUUCAUCAAUUCGUGCUCAGAGUCAUGCAUUCGCAACGCUGCCGUAUGAUUUCGAUGUAAACAUUCGCACUUGCAUUUGUAUAGCAGUCGUACUCACUGUUCUCGAAUGUUCUCACGAAUGCGAGUACCAAUGUUUACAUAGAAAUCAUACGGCAGCAUUGCGAAUGCAUGCACAAACACGAAUGAGGGAAUGAACGAAUGAAUGAUGUUAUCACAAGCUCGCUGUCAUAAUCUCAUUCGGUCGUAUUCGCAAACAACCCAAUUUUUAUUUUGAAAUGUAAAUGCAUUCGCAGCAUUCGUGAGAGAUUUAUUCCAGUAGACGUAGAUUUGAGCUGUUUCCAUGAUGUUUUAUUAAUAAGGUCAAAUUUAAAAUUCUUUUUCAAGAAUAAACUAUGGUAGUGUUCAUUUAAUUAUAUCUACCUCAAUAGAAUCUACCUCAAUGCGCUAAUGCGCAACACUAAUAGUACAACAUACUAUGUAAUAUUCACCACUGCAAGACACAACAAACACUUAAAUAAAUGAUUUUUGCUCUUGAUGGAGAAA